AUGAACGAAUUAACAACCGCCAACAUCCUUUAUGGUCGUUUUAGGAUGCCCUCGACGCAACUCACCGUUCGUUUUGAUUUCACUUGCAUGUGCUUUAUCCACCAAUCGAUUUUGAUGGCUAACCAAGAAUCGGACGCCGAGCCUGUGUACACGGAUCGGAUUAUCCGGCACCGCAUACAGACGAUUGGAAUAGAGAUCGCUAGAGAUAAAAUUGAAAUCUCCAACACCGGCAAUGAUCAACUCAUCCAAGAAGUUGUGCGAAUUGCCGACAUGGAGCUGACCAGGCAUUUGCCUAUUAACGCCGAGGGACGAACGCGCCUGAUCCAGCCUGCAGUGAAUUAUUUACUUUCAGCCCUUACAUCGAGGCCUCUGAGUUCGAAGGAUGACUACGACAAAAUUUGGAUAUACUGUCAUGUUAGGCUCAAUUUUAACCAUUCCGUGGAAGAAGGGUGCGAGGAUUUGGAUUUGGCGUUUCUGCGGCCUGCCGAGGAUAUGGAUUUGGCGCUUCUGCAGUCUUCCCAGGAACCGGAGGCACACAUGGUUCCGGCUGCCGAGGGUUCGAUUGAGUCGUCAUUGAAUGAGGCUGGAGCGGCAGAUGAUUCGGAAGAGACUUGCACUAUGUGCUUAGAAGUGAUUCGCGGCAAAGCAUGCUCGCAUUUGUUCCACGGAAAUUGCAUAACGAAGUGGCUGAGGACGAGCCACUAUUGCCCUCUUUGUCGCUUCGAGUUACCGACGGAAAAUUGA